AUGGAUUUGUCUGAUGCAAGUCAUUCUAAUGAUCCUCCAAAACAGGCAUGCGAUGCCUGUCGUCGGAGAAAGGUCAAAUGCAUAUCUCCGCGACCUUGCAAGCAAUGCCGAGCUGCCGGCCUGGUCUGCCGAACAUCUAUACAACGCCAGAGAAAGGGACGCCAGGGCCAGACGGCCAACAUUUUAAGUGAGCUCAGAUCAAAAGAGGUGGAACAGGCUCUAGCUCCCCGUUUGAACACUUCUCCGUCCACGCCUCUGGUCGCACGAUCACCUAAACCCCCAGGCAGAUGCCACUUUGCAAGGACUCCAGAUCUUCUGGGGCUUGAACUUAUCAAUGCUUGUUCAGAAUACUUUUUCUCUCGCAUGAGAGGUACAGUGCCCAUUUUGCAACCCAGUGGCUUUCAGAAGCAGGUAGAGAAGGCUGAUACCUGUCUUCAUUCUUACUGUUUGGUCACUGCGUUUUGCGCCUUUGUCGUCACCCAAACUGGAUUUGCUGUGGAACAAACAUCUCGCCAUCAUGACACAUUGUUUUCGGAAGAUCAUCGCAACUCAUUGGUUGAAGAGGCCACCGAAGCUCGAAAGCACCUCGACCCUUUCACGGAUCCUGUACGACAAAACAUUAUCAUCGCCUUCCUUCUCUAUGGCUGCCAUAUUGGUUUAGGAAAUCAAAGACAUGCUUAUUACUUCCUCCGCGAGGCUACAACGCUUUAUACGGCCAGUGCGCUUGAGAGCCAAGCCACCUCAGCGCAAGCAGACGACGCUGAUCCCUCCUUGGAAGGCAAAUUAUUUUGGUUAUUAGUAGUUUCAGAAAGAGCUCAUGCUAUCCGACGACAUAGACCAAUUACUCUCCAGGUCACACCACAAAGCCCCCAGUUGGAAGAUGACCCUCAUCCAGAGGCAUCGGCCGUGGGAUUUCGAUGUUUGACCAAUCUUUAUCGCCCAUUUGAUGAAGGGUUCCUGGGUCACUGGAAUGGCACUCAUACGACAUGCUCGAUCGAAUCCCUUGUUGUCCUCGAGGAACGCAUCCAAAACGCAGUGCCUGCAGAUCUUGACUUGCCGGAUGUAAUCAUGGCUGACCUGAGAGUAUCCCAACAAUGGCUACGCAUUAUGAUAUGGCAAUUAUCUACCACUGCUGGGUUUUUGUCCACCAAUCCUUCUCAUGAAUGCAUGGAUUUCCGCUACCCGUUGCUUAUUGCUCAGGACCUCUGCCUCGCAACAUGGAAAUUGUCCCGGCAGAGUAUGGAAACUCACGGGAUUGGUCUGAUCGAGAAGAUAUUUGAGGUCGCGUGCACCUUGAUCGACGUGAUGGCAUGCCUGUCGGCGGCUGGGCUUCGUUCGUCAGGAUUCAAGCUUGGCCCGCAAGACUAUCUCAAACAUUUCUCUUCUCUCAUUCAUGAUUUACCAGGAGGCCGGCGAAGACUUCUUCCUCUUCUGUUUACGAAGAUAGGCCAAACCUUGCCUUCGAUGGUAGAGCCCAUUACCAUUCAUCUAAAUCUUCAACCUAACCCAGUUCUGAGCUCAACAACCAAUAUCCAAGCUACGUCCAUGAUGCCUGAAAGUGAAACCCCCAUUGAAUCCUCAGCUGCGAUUGUCACUGAUCCUAUCUCGGACGAUUGGGCGUAUGGAAAUUUCAACUAUGCGGAGAUGAGUCGCAUUGGUGAUAAGACACCAGAAAUUGAUGAGGCAUUCCUUCAAUACUCGACUUAUUUUCCUUGA